UGUUUCCGCUUAUUUAUUUGAAACACCGCUCAUUUAGGUCUUACUUUGUUUGCCAGGCACUGUUCUAAGCUCUGUAUAACUAUUAACUCAGAGGGUACAAAUAUUAACUUAAGAGAUGUUGCAGGAAAAAAAAAAAAAAACCCGCCUCUGGCACUUUAAGGUUGGCCUCCCCCUCAAAACCCCCGCAACGGUCCCAAGCCCUUUCCAGGGACUGGGACUACGGCCCCUCGUCCGACCUUCUCGCGGGCUUCCUACUGCGCCAAUCAAAGCCUAGAAACCGUGAGGGCUAGAGGCCCGGCUGCUAAGCAACGGCAGAGGGCGGGAAGUUUGAACGUUCUGGGCCCGCCCCGAAGGCGAAUAGGCCAAUCAGCGUCCAGACUCUUCAGCUACGGCAGUCCGCUUCUCCUCCUCGCCCCGUCGGAUCUCUAGGCUGGAUCCGGGCCUCUCCAAUCAAUAGCGGCUAGGAGGGCGGGGCGCAUGCGCGCGCACCUCGCUCACGCGCCGGCGCGCUCCUCCUGCAGGCUCGCCGCGGUCGGUCAGCGGGGCGUUCUCCCGCGUGUCGCGACUCAGAUCCAUCUGUGUGUGCUGUGGAAUUCAGGAUACUUGGGCAUUGCCUACUAUGAUACUAGUGACUCCACUAUCCACUUCAUGCCAGAUGCCCCAGACCACGAGAGCCUCAAGCUUCUCCAGAGAGUUCUGGAUGAGAUCAAUCCCCAGUCUGUUGUUACGAGUGCCAAACAGGAUGAGAAUAUGACUCGAUUUCUGGGAAAGCUUGCCUCCCAGGAGCACAGAGAGCCUAAAAGACCUGAAAUCAUAUUUUUGCCAAGUGUGGAUUUUGGUCUGGAGAUAAGCAAACAACGUCUCCUUUCUGGAAACUACUCCUUCAUCCCAGACUCCAUGACUGCCACUGAGAAAAUCCUCUUCCUCUCCUCCAUUAUUCCCUUUGACUGCCUCCUCACAGUUCGAGCACUUGGAGGGCUGCUGAAGUUCCUGGGUCGAAGAAGAAUCGGGGUUGAACUGGAAGACUAUAAUGUCAGCGUCCCUAUCCUGGGCUUUAAGAAAUUUAUGUUGACUCAUCUGGUGAACAUAGAUCAAGACACUUACAGUGUUCUACAGAUUUUUAAGAGUGAGUCUCACCCCUCAGUGUACAAAGUGGCCAGUGGACUGAAGGAGGGGCUCAGCCUCUUUGGAAUCCUCAACAGAUGCCGCUGUAAGUGGGGCGAGAAGCUGCUCAGGCUAUGGUUCACACGUCCGACUCAUGACCUGGGGGAACUCAAUUCUCGUCUGGAUGUCAUUCAGUUUUUUCUGCUGCCCCAGAAUCUGGACAUGGCUCAGAUGCUGCAUCGGCUCCUGGGUCACAUCAAGAACGUGCCUCUGAUUCUGAAACGCAUGAAGUUGUCCCACACCAAGGUCAGCGACUGGCAAGUUCUCUACAAGACUGUGUACAGUGCCCUGGGCCUGAGGGAUGCCUGCCGCUCCCUGCCACAGUCCAUCCAGCUCUUUCGGGACAUUGCCCAAGAGUUCUCUGAUGACCUGCACCAUAUCGCCAGCCUCAUUGGGAAAGUAGUGGACUUUGAGGGCAGCCUUGCUGAAAAUCGCUUCACAGUCCUCCCCAACAUAGAUCCUGAAAUUGAUGAGAAAAAGAGAAGACUGAUGGGACUUCCCAAUUUCCUUACUGAGGUUGCCCGCAAGGAGCUGGAGAAUCUGGACUCCCGUAUUCCUUCAUGCAGUGUCAUCUACAUCCCUCUGAUCGGCUUCCUUCUUUCUAUUCCCCGCCUGCCUUCCAUGGUAGAGGCCAGUGACUUUGAGAUUAAUGGACUGGACUUCAUGUUUCUCUCAGAGGAGAAGCUACACUAUCGUAGUGCCCGAACCAAGGAGCUGGAUGCAUUGCUGGGGGACCUGCACUGCGAGAUCCGGGACCAGGAGACGCUGCUGAUGUACCAGCUGCAGUGCCAGGUGCUGGCACGAGCAGCUGUCUUAACCCGAGUAUUGGACCUUGCCUCCCGCCUGGACGUCCUGCUGGCUCUUGCCAGUGCUGCCCAGGACUAUGGCUACUCAAGGCCGCGUUACUCCCCACAAGUCCUUGGGGUACGAAUCCAGAAUGGCAGACAUCCUCUGAUGGAACUCUGUGCCCGAACCUUUGUGCCCAACUCCACAGAAUGUGGUGGGGACAAAGGGAGGGUCAAAGUCAUCACUGGACCCAACUCAUCAGGGAAGAGCAUAUACCUCAAACAGGUAGGCUUGAUCACAUUCAUGGCCCUGGUAGGCAGCUUUGUGCCAGCAGAGGAGGCCGAAAUUGGGGCAGUAGACGCCAUCUUCACACGAAUUCAUAGCUGUGAAUCCAUCUCCCUUGGCCUCUCCACCUUCAUGAUCGACCUCAACCAGGUGGCGAAAGCAGUGAACAAUGCCACUGCACAGUCGCUGGUCCUCAUUGAUGAAUUUGGAAAGGGAACCAAUACGGUGGAUGGGCUCGCGCUUCUGGCUGCUGUGCUCCGACACUGGCUGGCACGUGGACCCACAUGCCCCCACAUCUUUGUGGCCACCAACUUUCUGAGCCUUGUUCAGCUACAGCUGCUGCCACGAGGGCCCCUGGUGCAGUAUUUGACCAUGGAGACCUGUGAGGAUGGCAACGACCUUGUCUUCUUCUAUCAGGUUUGCGAAGGUGUUGCGAAGGCCAGCCAUGCCUCCCACACAGCUGCCCAGGCUGGGCUUCCUGACAAGCUUGUGGCUCGUGGCAAGGAGGUCUCAGACUUGAUCCGCAGUGGAAAACCCAUCAAGCCUGUCAAGGAUUUGCUAAAGAAGAACCAAAUGGAAAAUUGCCAGACAUUAGUGGAUAAGUUUAUGAAACUGGAUUUGGAGGAUCCUAACCUGGACUUGAACGUUUUCAUGAGCCAGGAAGUGCUGCCUGCUGCCACCAGCAUCCUCUGAGAGUCCUUCCAGUGUCCUCCCUGGCCUCCUGAGACCCCGGUGGGCUGCCAUGCCCUCUUUGUUUCCUUAUCUCCUUCAGACCCAGAGUUUUUAGUUUCUCUAGAAAUUUUGUUUCAUAUUAGGAAUAAAGUUUAUUUUGAAGAAA